AUGUCCUUUUAUCAAAAUAGUACUCCAAAAAAGGAGGACAAUCGUGCAGAUUCUAGUGGAAACGAUGCGGUGCCUUUGUUGAUAACACUAGAACAGAAUAUUCAAUUACUCAAGCGUAAAGCUCAUCUAAUAGGGACAAGCAAGGACGGACAACUAUUGAGGGUUGAUAUAAAAAAUAGAGUAAUCCCCGAAAUCCAGAAAAUUAGUCGAAAACUGGCUGACUUAACUUCGCUAGAUACACAAGAUAAAUUUGCUCGAGAUUUUCAAGCGUUAAGCAAACAAUAUAACAGUGUAAAGACCGAUUAUGAGAAUAGGGCAGUACAGAAUCCCAUACCUGACGAAGAGAGUAAAGAUAAUGAAUCGGAACAUCUCGUAUCGCAAUAUGAAAGCAUGCCAAUACAAGACGAUAUCGAGAGGAGGGAUCAUUCUUCAGAGGAUACUCCGUUACUUUUGUCUACCCAACAGCAAGAGCCUUUGUUGAAUCAGGAUGAGUUAGAUUUUCACACGAUAAUUCAACAUGAAAGAUCCCAGGACAUAUCAAAAAUCCACUCUGCUGUGCAAGAGGUCAAUGCCAUCUUCAAACAACUAGGAAGUCUGGUACAGGAACAGGGCGAACAAGUUGACACAAUUGGCGAAAAUGUGACAGGAUUAUCUAAUAAUUUGCAAAAGGCGAACAAAGAACUUCACAAAGCAAAUGAAUAUCAAAGGAAAAAGAACAGAUGUGGUACAAUACUUCUAGUAGCUAUUGUUGUUAUCACUCUAAUAACUCUUAUCGCGAUUCUAUCAUAG